CUUAAGUGUUUUAGAAAGUGGUCAAACAAACACCUUGUAACAAAGCGACAAAUACGGUGCAAUGGAGUCGAAGAAACUGAACAAGUGAUAUGCUACUACGGCGGGGCGCAGGAGGAGGAUGUGGAAUCUGACGGCUGUGCUGUGCCUGAUUUGGGCGGCGACCCUUCUCUACGGUGAGAUGUUCGCGUUCUGGGUUCCCUCUAUUUGGUCCUGUUCUUGGCCUCAUCUCCGCCGCCGAUCGAUGAGUGAAGUAGAAUAUUCAAGUGAUUACGUGAAAGUUGCUGUUCUUACUGAUCCACAGGUCAUGGAUAGAACCUCCCUUCCUCUUGCUCCAAAAUCACUGACUCUGGAGAUUGUGGAAUUCUACACAGAUUUGUUCAUGCGCAGAUCAAUGUUGGCAUCUAUAUUGCCUUUCCAACCUGAUGUGAUUUUGUUCUUGGGUGAUUACUUUGAUGGGGGACCUUCUUUAUCUAAUGAAGAAUGGCAGGAAUCUUUGAGUCGUUUUAAGCAUAUUUUUAACCUGAAUAUGCUUGAAAGAAGUACAAACACCCAAGUAUACUACCUUUCUGGAAAUCAUGAUAUUGGCUAUGCAGCUUCUCACUCUCGUAUGCCAGAGGUUAUUAAACGCUAUGAGAAAGAAUUUCGUUCAAGGAACUAUCGAUUUACAGUUGGAAAUGUGGAUUUCAUUGCCGUUGAUGCUCAAACUCUGGAUGGGAAUUCACAAGGAAACUUGACGACUGCAUCCUGGGAUUUUGUCAAAAAUGUCUCAAAGGAUGGUAGUUCGACUCCAAGGGUUCUAUUGACUCAUAUCCCAUUGUACCGGCCGGAUUGGACCUCCUGUGGUCCACACCGUUCUUCCCCAAUUAUCAAUCAGAGGGUUUCCCGUGCUGCUCGGAGUCAAGAAAUAAUGUACCAAAAUUAUCUCACUGAAGAGACAUCAAACAACUUGCUGGAUAUGGUCAAACCUGUACUCAUCUUGUCUGGUCAUGACCAUGAUCAGUGCACAGUGACCCACAUAUCAAAGUAUGGGCAAGUGAGAGAGCAUACGCUAGGGACCAUAAGUUGGCAGCAGGGUAACCUGUAUCCGUCGUUCAUGCUUUUAUCUGCAAGUAAUCAUGCAUUGCAUAAUGUAUCGAGCAAAGAAAAUGCAGUAUUAACUCAUCUCUGCUUUCUUCCUAUGCAAAUGCACAUUUACAUAUGGUAUAUUUGUCUUUUUGUUCUGACCCUUCUUGCCCUCCUCCUUUGGCCAACAAAAGGCAUAGGCUUCUCACAUCACUUAGGUCGUUUAAUGGGGUAUAUCAGAAGCCUAAUUAGCUGCAACUUUUUCAGACGUGUAGAAAAAGAGAAAAAUGAAGAUGAGAACUGUGAGUAUGAGAUGGUUUGGGAUGCUGAAGGAUCGAUGCAUCUUAUUAAAAAAACCUUGAAGACCCCUAUUAAAGUUUCAAAUGAGGGGAGCUCGUUGGAAAGGGGAAAUGCAGUGAUUCGGCCAACAGCUAAAAAACAGAUGUCGCAGGAAUCGGAUGCCUCUGUUUCUAUGGAUGUGAAUGUACAGGUAGGGUUGGAUGAUAUGGUAAAAUUACCAUCUAGAACAAGCAAAUCAAAGACAAGAAAGGUCAUACAGAGAUUGGUACGAACAUUUCGAUCACUUAUAGUCAUUGCUGCUGUGAACAUCCCUCUGUAUAUGAUGUUGCUCUUCAAGGAUUGGAUUGACAAAUGAUGUCAGAAUUCCACUUAACACGCUUUUGCAUGUACCUGCUCUUGCACGGAUGGGAUAUCAGGCUGAAGUUCAUCACCCGUUUGAAGCAUACGGGUACAUGUUAUUUCUACCUCGCUCCACUUAUUUCAGAAAUGGUGCUUCGACUUGUUCACAAAGUAUAUCAGCUGAACCCUGUCAUUUGUUCUCUACGGUUAUCAAAUUUCUUUAUUUGUACUGUAUAAUGAUUGAACAGUUGAGUUGUCUUGAAAAGUGGCACAACCUUACAGAAGAUACAUAUUUAUUUUUUGGUUAAAACUUACAGAAUAUAAUUGCUCCAUAAGCCAGUGUAUCAUCCUCUGUAUUUUUUAGUUUUUCUUCCUAGAAAUUGUUGAUGCACUUGUUUAAUUU